UGGUUGAGAUUAUAAUAAAAAGUUGCACAGAUUGAAAGCAGAAAUUGAUUUGUACAGUGAAAAAGAUUUUGUACAAACCGAUGUGUGUUUAAAUUGAAAAGCAGACGAAAUUUGUAAAGUGUAUAUGAUUAUGUUUGGUACAGUGUUAAAUCCAAGUAACUGGUUUGUUAUAAGAGCCAUUAUAAGAGUAUUGAAAAUUCAGCAGUGUGAUCAGUGUGCAGUGUUAAAAGUAAAGCUGAUAGGAGUGUGGCCUGAUUGCCCAUAAGGAAGAAAGAUUCUUCUGUGUGACCGCAAGGCAACGAUUGCUGAUAAGAAAUCAGAACACAUGGUCCCUGCCCAAGAAAGCCUGAAAACAUUCAUAGGUAAUCCAGUCUGCUGUGACAUGGGCUGAUAUGCCUGCUUCAGAGACACCUUGAAAGAUAGAGAACCUACAGGUGCUUUGUUCACUGAAAAAAAUCCUAUCCAGAUUUGGAAUUUAAACCACAAAUGAGACAUAAAGAGAUUGAUGUCAGUUCUCGGCCACAAUGCAUACAUCCUCUCCAGCUAUAAUGUCCCUAGACGGCAGUAAGAACCACAUGGGUGAGGUGGAGGAGAGUGAUGGAGACGUGCUUAAGCAGGAGACUCAAGACCUUGUGGGCCUGCUCUCCUCCCCGGACCCCAAGCAGCGCCAUGAUACAGCCCCAAAUAUCAAGCUGGAGGCCCAUGAUCUCAAGGAUGAGGUCAAGGAAGAGAACUCUGUCAAGAUAGAGCCCAAUAACCCUGCUAGUGUUGGCAAACUGCCUAACGGGGAUGCUAACUCAGAACUUGACAAAGGUGUGCCCACGCCUGGUGAUAUUAAACCACAAGAUAAGGGCAAACAGGAGCAGAAUGGUGGCCCACAUACCCCUGGCAUGUGUGACGGACAAGGUCAACCCAACAUGUCCAACAUGCAUCGAAACAAUAUGGUCAGUGGCAUGUGUAUGAGUCCUGGCACUGCGGGUGGAAUGCUGCCCCACAUGGGCCCACAGAUGUCCCAGGGUCAGCCGCUGGGCCCGGGAAUGUUGGGCAUGCCCAGUCAUCCCAGCCAGGGAGGAAUGAUGUCCUCCAUGGGACCAAUGAACAGUGGUAUGGGGCCAGGUCAUAUGGGUCCCAAUGGUGGAGGGCUCAUGCCCCAUUCACAGCACCAGCAGGUAGCUAGCGAUGGGCAGCUCAUGCAACAGCAAAGUGAAGUGUUUGUCUUCACCACGCAGCUGGCCAACGAAGCUGCUCAGGCGGUACAAUCGGGCCAGUACAAGAACAUUCUGUCCUAUCAUAUGGACCAACCAAACACCAAGGCAUUAUUACAGAAGAACCCCAAGAUGCGUGCUAGUGCAGCCAUGUACAACAUGCACAACAUGCGUGGCAAGAUGAUGGGGGGUCAGAUGUCAGGCAUGGGAGGCCCCAUGGGACCCUAUGGACCAGGGUCAGGGGGGCCUAACAACUCCAGUAGUGUGGCCCAGUGGGUUCAACAACAGAAUCUAAACCUACAGGAGCAGGGUCUGGCUGGAAUGAAUGACAGGGACCCACGCAUGAUGAUGGGACCCAAUAGUAACUUUUCACAGAUGAUGAUGGACGAUGGAAUGUUUGACCCAGACUUUGGAGGUCCAAUGAACAAUGUGAACAUAAUGCAAAACAAAGUCCCUAAUGAGAAUUUGACUCCUGAACAAUUACAACGGAGACAGGAACAGUUGUCAAAUUUACGGAAAAUCCAGCAGAUGUUGUUCCCAGAGCAGCGUGGUCAUCAGGGUUAUCCCCCCUUGGGUCCAGGCCAGGGGCCGGGUGGUCCAGGGCCUGGAGGGCAGGGCAUGAUGCCUGGUGACAUGGAAAUGUUCCACCCCAGCAUGAUGGGGAAACGUGGCGGCAUGAUGUCCCAGCCUGGAAUGAUGACCUCACCGCAUGGCAUGAUGGAUUCGCGAUCGGACAUGAUGUCACAGGAGCAGUUCAUGAUGUCACAGGGUAUGUCCCAGUUUGGUCCAGGGCCUCAUCCUCAGAGCAUGCAGAACAUGUCGCCUGCUCAGCGGGAGUGGAUAAGACUGCAGCAGGAACACAUGGCAGAGAAGCGGGCCCAGCAGCAGUCACGGGGGCCCAUGGGUUCCAACGGCCCUAGCCCGCAGAUGGGGCCAGGGCCACCACCACCGUCAUACUACAGUUCAAUUGCUCAAAAACAACGGCACGGCUCUGUUGGUAUGGGAUCUCCUACCUCACCUAAUAUGAAUGGACCUAUGGGAUCUCCGUCAAUGCCACCAGACCCUAAUGACCCUAUGAUGUACGGCAUUGGUCAAAGAAAGAACUCUUUCUCUGGAAUGGAUCAUUUGGGACCCAUGGGGCCAGUCAUGGGACCUGUAAUGGACCCAAUCAUGCAACAAGGAUCUCCAAUGAAUCACAGUAUGCCUGGGCACAUGAGUAACAUGCCAAGUUCGCACCCUGGCCCCAUGAAAGGCCCUCAGGUGUCGAUACAGCGGGCAGGCAACCCAGAACAAUUUAUACCUGAAAUGCCUGCCGCUGUCCCAAAUAGUUCUGCAAGCAAACCACCUCCAAGCUAUGCACAGUCCACAAAGAGAAAACGGGACGAUAUGGAAGAAUUGUGUAAAAACUUACAACCAACACCAUCACCUCAGCAUAUAAGUUAUCUCAAUCAGUUUGAUGGUCAGGAACUGACAAUAACUAAGCAAAUCAACACAGCAUAUCGUGAUACGAACACUAGUGAGUCCCAAUCAAAUCAUUAUACUCAGAACAAUCAAAUGGUGAACUCCCCAUUGCAUGCUCCGGGAUCUAAUAAAGGCCCCAUGUCCAACUCCAGCCAAACAUCUAGUGGCCAGUUGGCCAGUCCGGGUCCAGUUAGUGUAACACAAAAUUCAGGACAAGGCCCUGGCCCGGGUCAAAUAUCGGGAGCAAGCAUGCGUCUAUCUCACUACGAUCCUCAACAACAAGCACCUCAAAAUAGCGGUAGUAUCUCAAACUCGCCAACAACGCCCACCGGAAAAUCAUCGCUCUCUAAUAACAUUACUUCUGCAAGUCUGGCCAACUUGGCUAAAGGCGUGGAGAACCUAUCCCAUCAGAUGCAGCAGCAUAUGAUGCAGGGCGGUCCUUUCCACAGCAUACAGAUGCAGGGUCAACAGCAGCAGCAGCAGCAACAACAGCAGCAGCAGCAGUUAUCUCAAGGUGGCCAGGGGCAGGUAACCACACAGACAUCCCAGCAAGGCAAUCAAUCAUCACAAUCCACACCAAACCCCUCACAGGCCUCUCAUAGUGCGCCCAAUGUCAAUAACACAUUUGUGAACAAUAAUGUAAACAUUAACCAGUUAAACAUUCAAAGUGUGAAUCACCAAGGCGGAGGAGCUGGAAAUAACUAUAACCCGAACAGCAGUUGUGCUUCUAUGCAAGUGCAGCAAACAAAUAUGGAACAAAGUAUGAAUGUUCCAAGUGGUGGCAUGGCCAGUAUGACACAAGCUGGGAGCAUGUCCCAGACCAGUAUGACACAAAGUUCAAUGAACGCUAGUAACCCUGGUAUGAUGAUGAAUGGUAACAAGAUGAUCCAGACUGGAUCUUUGAAUAUGAAAGAUGUCAACUAUGGUGGGAUGGGUCCACCCUCCGGAAUGCAUAAACAAAUGUCCCCUUUUGCUCAGUCUCAGAACCCUCAACAAGUGCCUACAUCGGGACGCCCAAUGUCUCCUGGUUACCCUGCUAGCUCAAUGGGCAAUGCUAAUGUUACAGUACAACAGAAAGCUCCAAACACAAUACAGUAUCUGCCUGCUAUCCAAUCAAAUAUGCUUCCAGAAACCAAAUCUAUGGGCAAGCCAGACUUGGACUUCAUGAGUCAGUUUACAAAUUCAGUUGGAAAUAUGGAUAACAAAGUGCCAUCAUCGAAAAUGCAGUAUUUCCCAGGUGGAGGUGGACCAAAUAGUCAGGGAGGGUCUAUGUAUGGGGGGCCACCUGGGAGUAUGGGGCCUAUGGAUGGAAGAAUGAGUACUUCUAUGGGAAUGGGGCCUGGUGGUCCACAAGACCCAAGGUUUGGUGGUCCUUCCAUGUCUGAUCCACGCAUGGAUCCUCGUAUGGGGCCAUCAAUGGGUGGGGAUCCUAGGAUGGGACCUUCAGGGGAUCCCAGAAUGGUAGGAAGACCCGAUGGUAGAAUGGGUAUGGAUAUGGGUAUGGGCAUGGGUUGUGAUCCAAGAAUGGGACCUGGUGGGAUGGGGCCAAUGUCAGAUCUCAGAAUGGGUCCUGGGUCAGGGCCCAUGAUGGGUAUGGGUCCAGGGUCCGGUCCAAUGGGUCCCAUGAGACCAGGCUCCAGGGGAAGUCCUUUCAGCGGGCCUAUUGGGCCAGCUGUCCAACAGUCCAUGAUGAUGAGGCGUGCUAGUCCUGAUCUGCCCAUGGGCAAUAAUAAUAGUCACGAACAAAUGCAUGCUAUGAAUAUGAACUCAAGUCUUGGUGGUCCAAUGUCAGCACUAAGUUCUAUGACUGGUAACCCCAUGACAUCAAUGAGCAAUAUGUCAAAUAGUCUCAUGAAUGACUCCAUGUCUAUGGGUCCCAUGGUUAGUGGUCCUCCAAGUAUGGGUUCUUCAAUGCCUUAUAAUAGUCCCCCAUACAGUGGAGGUCCAAUGGGUAGUCCUAUGAUGCCUUCAGGUCACUCUGGUUUGCAAGGGCCUCGAAUGCAUGGACCGAGUAUGGGUCAGAUGCCUCAGAUGUCACGGUCGGGUCCUUUCCCACGACAGCCAAGCCCAGGCAUGCGAAUGUCUGGCCCAGGAAUGGGCCCUGGGGGUCCAUUAAGUCCAGGAGCGCCUGGCUAUAACAACCAGCAGUACCAGCAAUUCCAACAGCAGUUAUAUGCCCAGGGCAGGCAAAGGCAGAUAUCCCCAAUGGAUGGUAUGAUGGGUCAGCCAGGCGGAUAUGGGCCCAUGGGGCCUGGGAUGAUGCCCAACAUGCAUGGAAUGUGAACUUGUUGAACUGCAUCAUACUGUGUCGAGUUCACUACUGUGAUUUAGGGGCAUCCAAAUGUGGAGUAAUGUCACAGCUGGCCACAAGUUGUGGAGGAUGUUGACAGUGAAAGGUUAAUGAAUUGUGCACUUCAUGAACAGACAUACUCAAGGGAAGCUUAAAACAUUUUAAGAAGAAAACAUUGAAAAGAAAAACAUGUUUUAAGAAGAGAAGACGAACAGUACAAUUAUGGUUGUGAAUAUAUUUUAUGUGUACGUAUUGCACAAUCGAUUUAGAUGACUAGAUGAGAUGGCUGCCAAAAAAGUUGACAUCGCUCAGUGUUUGUGUACAUAAAAAGACAGGUGUAGCAAGGGUUACUUCAGAACUGACGCUCAAUGUGAUUAAAAAUUACAUACAAAUCCAUAGACCAUGUAUUGGGGAUAACAUAUGAGUUGCCAUAGUUACCAUUUCCUAAUUGAAUAGGUGAUCGCAGUGUGUGUGAAUAUGCUGUUUACUUUCUAGUGUGUAUGUAUCCAAAACUAAUGAGAACAUUAUUAAUUUAGGAAAUAUGUUGAAAAUGUUUGGGUAGUUUAGAUAUAUGAGUUGAUACACAGUGAAUUUAAAAUGAACAUUUAAUGCCAGGUCUUGGAAAGUGAACUUACAUUAAAUUAAAUACAUGUAUGUCGCAAAUGUAAGUGAUUAUGUUUAGAUUUCUAUAAUUCUAUUAAAGAUGUAAUAUGAUAGUACACUGCUCAAUUUGUUAAUCAAGUUAUUCAUUAUGACAACAGUGUUUUAUUUAGAUUCAUAUUGUAAAAAAAAUCUUACCAGUAAUUAUUUAUAUUUCGUAUUUUAAUUUUUUUAUUUAAACAAUUUAAUAAGAGAAUCAUCAACGGUACCCAUCUGAUAUUAAUCAAACAUUUUGGCAUUUUACCUAAAAAUAAUAUGCAAAAUAAGGUUAAUGAUUGCGUUCAAUAAUAUUAAGCCCAAAAUGUAACUAAGAACUUGAUAGGCUUAUAUAUGCUUAUCCAACAGUUGACACAUUGUUAAUCCUCUGCCCCUCUGGUUGGUUAAUGUCAGCUUCUGCCCAAUAUUCUAGGUACAGAACAGGUGAUUGACACUUGAGUUCCGCAUAUACUGGAAGGAUUGUUCACAGCUGGUAAAAACAUGCAAAUUUCAGUAUUAUUUCUCUUAAGUUGAGUUAAGGUUUUCACUCAUGUUUCUGCUGCCUGCUUAAUUCUAUUAUUUCAAGCUUUAAAGUAUUGUAGGAAAUACAUGUAGUUUAUUAUUAUAACCCUGGAAGAUUAAAUGCUAAAAAGUGUGACUGAAACAUUAUGUAAUUUUAGUGGAUAUACUUUUUAUAUUGUACUAGUUUAUGUACAUAUGUAUUUUUAUCAUAAUAUUUGUAAAUAUUUAUAGCAUGAAUUUACAUGUACAGUAAUUCAUUAUUCAUGUAUUUGUUUGACCAUCACAAUCACAUUUUAAUUUCCACUGUUCUUUCAAUAUUUAUGGUCGGUUGUAAUAGUAAUUUUUAUGUGAUUUUUAUCCAUGUUGACUUCUUUUAUAGGAAACAUUUGCUCUUAUAUGAAUUAUUACAUUGACCUUAGGUUUCAUCAUAACCAUACAGGAGCCAUUCUCUUGAAAGUGCAAUAGGCAAAGAAAAAUGUGUAGAUGUACAAUUUAUUGAUCUUCAUCAUGAUUGUGAUUACUUCACUUCUACUGGACGCAUGCACUCUUUAGGAAGUGUGUACAUUUCUGAUGUGAGCCACAUCAUGUUAUUUCUUCUCAUUUUUGCCAAUGGUCAAUGUACAGAACAAUAUGGUUAGCAGAAUACAUGAACAAGAUUUCAAAAGUUGGUUUCAGCUUGAAUGAUAGUUUAUUUUUGAUACGUUUUAUAUGAAUAUACAUGUAUCUCUUUGCAGAGCAAGUGGGUGUUAUUGUGUGCUCUUGCACAGUAAUUGACUAUUAUUUAUCAUCAUUUUUCAUGUCAACAUUUCUCAUACAAUAAACAAGUUAGAAGUAAUUCAUGAAAGAAUUAAAAGCAUU